AUGAAGUGGGCUAUAAUAGUUUUACUUCUCCACUUGCUGCACAAUAUAAGGUGCGAGCAAUCUUAUGUGGUGACCAAUGAGAAACUGGAACCUUUUGAGGGCGAUUCAGAGACCUUGGUGAUCUUCGAUGGACUAAAAACUGUUGGCCGGGAGAGAGCUCUCAAUGGGUCCUUUAAAUUCCUUGGUGACAUGAGCAAUGAUGACUUUAAGGUUUCGGUGGAACUUUAUUCCAGUCCCAAUGGGGAUGGAGAUUUUAAGAGAAUGGUUAUGGAUGUGCCUCAAACGAGCAUUUGCGAGUGCUUCAAAAAGUUCUAUGUCCAGUUCGUGCAACCUUCUGUUAAAACUGGCGAUACCACAAAUUUCCCAAUUGUCGAUGACGAUUUUUGUCCCGUUCCCGAAGGCGAUUUCUACAUCAAAAAUAUCCUUUUUAACACGCAAGAUUGGCCGUCGCAAGUUCCUCGAGGAAUUGUUAAGGCCAUUAUCACAUUCUUCAGUGAUGGCAAAAAUGUUGGUGGUCUCAUAGUGGUCGUCAAAAUUGAGGAUCGACAAAGUUAGAGUAUAAAAUUAUUUGAAAAAUUUGGUGGGAGAAGAUCUUUUUAAUUGGUAUGUUAUGAUUGUGUUAAAAUUUAUUAUGUGAUAUUAUAAAAUAAAUGUCUUUGAACGCGAAA